GAGCGAUUCCGAAAACCAAAAUGCUUCCGGGGUGACUAUAAAACUCCCCGCCUAACCCAACCGUAAAUCUCAUUCUCUGUAUUCUCUCAAAUUCGUUGCUCAGACAGCGUUUCAUCAAAUCGUCGUCGGAUUUUUGUCUGCAAUCCUCAUUUCACAUGGAUACUACCGCAAAAGUGAAGAAGGGAGCCGGCGGCCGGAAAGGUGGUGGUCCGAAGAAGAAGGCUGUCACUCGCUCUAACCGCGCUGGCCUCCAGUUCCCCGUCGGUAGAAUUGGCCGAUACUUGAAGAAAGGCCGCUACGCCCAGCGCGUCGGUAGUGGUGCUCCCGUUUAUCUGGCCGCCGUUCUGGAAUACUUGGCUGCCGAAGUUUUGGAGCUAGCUGGAAAUGCCGCUCGUGACAACAAGAAGAACAGGAUCAUUCCAAGGCACGUUCUGUUGGCUAUUAGGAAUGACGAAGAGCUAGGGAAAUUGCUUGCUGGGGUUACAAUUGCCCAUGGAGGCGUUUUGCCAAACAUCAACCCCGUUUUGUUGCCUAAGAAGACAACGGCUGACAAGGCAACAAAGGAGCCCAAAUCUCCAUCAAAGGCCACCAAAUCACCAAAGAAGGCUGCCGCUACAUAGAAACUCUAUGUUCGUAGAUGUCUUGUAAUUGUAGUAUUACUUUAUCUUUUCGUUGUGGUUCAGAAAUGGUCAUGAAGAGAUAACUGCUGUUGUUCAUUCUCUUUUAGGUUUGCCCUUCAUUAAUCAAUGAAAACUAUUGUUGCCAUUUACAAGAUCUUGAAUUUAAUGUUUUAUUUCUUCCUUGAAAUGAUUCACGAAUCGUUCUCUCUGGC